ACGAGGAUCACUUUUAAUCUCUCCCACAGAUUUUGGCCAAAUCAGAAUCAUGGUUAAAGCAAAAAAAUACAAUGUCGACAAUCGGGCCGGCAAAAAACGCAUAGUUUGCCGUGUUUGCCUUAAGGACCACCCUCUGCGAUUCUGUCGUAAGUUUUUGGAUAUGGAUUAUGCGGAACGAAUGAAAAUUAUUUCGAUAUAUCAGCAUUGCGCUGGAUGCCUAGCACAUGAUCAUACAUGGCGCACAUGUGAAAGUACUGGCAAGUGUCGCAAAUGUGGCGAUAUGCAUCACACGCUUCUACACAAACCUGGACCUCGUUCGUCCACUGUGAUGGCGUAUCAUGAUGGUGCUAGGCAAGGACCACAACCUUCGUCCAAGACCCCGUCGAAGAAGGGACCUCGUCCGUCCCAAUCUUCACAUCAGCAUGAUGGACCUAGUUCGUCCAGACGUGCAACCAAUAGGGGACCUAGUUCGUCCCGCGGUAAUCGGCACAAGAGACCUAGUUCGUCUCAACAUGCCCCCAAGGACAAACCUUCGAAGGAGGUAGUACCUUUCGAUGAACGGAGGCGUAAGCCGUACAAAGGUAAAAAUGAGAUGUCAACAGAGGUAAUUCCGGCAUACUGCCUACGAGAGACCAUACUGCUGAAAGCGACCGCUGUAAUAAAGAUAGUUUGUGGGGAUCGCUACAUACAUGAACGAGCCGUAAUUGACCCAAGCAUUGAGAGUUCUAUUGUAGCUGAGUCUUUGGUAAGUCGAAUGGGUCAAAGGGUGGUCCGAGUCGGAAACAAGACAAGAUGUCUUCUUCAAAUUCGAGGCAAUCACGGGAUGUCGGCAACAGUCGAAACAUAUGCUGAAGUGCGUCGUAAUCACACAGUUGUGACUCCAAAGAAGUCCAUUGAUGUACGAAUUGUUGAUGAGUUUCCUGGUUUGCAAUUGGCAGACGAGCAUUUUUAUACCUCAGCACCUGUGAGUAUCACGUUGGGAGGAGAUUUGUACCCAAAAAUAAUGCGGAAUGGGGUCUUUGGUGGUGCACUGGGAAAACCUCUGGCACAAUUCACAAUUUUUGGAUAUGUGAUAUCAGGUUCUUACACUCCCUAGUUUCCUCCUACUUCAAUUGGAUUUUUUUCUCACUUCGGAACUUGGUGAUUUGUUGGAUUUUGAAUUUUGAUUUUUUUUUUCACAUGAAUGAAUUUUGAAAAUGCUGUUUUUUGUGUAAUAUAGUUGAAUUGCCUCAUGAAUUAAAUAUGAAAUCAAUGUGCUUUUUCUAGUUGGCACUGAUGUGAACAACGCA